AUGCUCGAUGAGAUAUACAUGCCAGAUGAGAAGAGGAUGGGAGGGGAAGUCAGCGGGGGAACGCAGAUCCAGGUCAAGAUCGUGAGCAACCGCGUCAGGGUAGCCAAGAGAUGUAAGAUGCUGCCUGUUCUGCUCCAGACUCUCCUCGCCAUGUGCGCUGUCUCCGCGCUACCAUCCAUGACGUCGGCGUCCACGGAUGGGAGAGGGUCAGCAGGCAUCCAGUCAAGCUUCAUCGGCUGCAGACUGACGCGGAUCGGAGCUCGUCGUCAACGGGUGACGUGCGCGAGUGAGAAACCUAAAGUUCUCUUCGACGUGAGCAAGAUCAGAGUCGAGCAGUUCGGGAUCUUUCCGGAUGUGAACUCGACCCUGGACCUCAGCAUGGAGAAGACUUGCUUCAGUGGAGGAGGCGACCUCAGGGCUCUGUACCAUCGUUCGUCAAAGCUUGUCGUGGUCAAGUACUACAAGUCCAAGUGCUCCAUGUGCAUGGUACUGCAGCCCCUCCUCGACCAAGUCAUCCAGAACUUCCAAGGAAAACUUCACUACGUGGAUGUUGAGGUGAUGGAGAACAAGCAGGUCAUCAAGCAGGUCGGGCUCUACGGGGUGCCGACAGUUCACUUCUUCUACAAGGGCCUCCUCGUCGACCACAUGAGCGGCCUACACUCCAAGAGAAGCUUCCGUGAGAGGAUCGAGGCAGCGCUGCGUGACUGGAGCUCUCUGACGGAGGAGGAGGCAGCGGACAGAAUGGAUCAGCUCCUGCGGGAGGAGGAGCCUGGGAUGGUGUAUCCUAUCAGCAGGCUCUCUGCUCCAGGGAGGCUCCUGAUCCCCGUCCACUGGAGUGAUCUCGUUCAGCCAUCGAGGAAGCGAGCUGAUGUGCAGGAGGGAGUGACGAGCGAGGCUGUUCUCAACUCCUUCAUCGACAGUGACUCCUGCCUCUCCGAAGGGAGGGGGCCCUUCCACCAUGUCCUGAGCAAGGGGAGCUUCCUGCAAGCGCAUGGGGUGCACAUGAGCUCAGAGAAGGGCAGGAAGGAAGUUGUCGGACGGAUCACAGACGGGGAGAUGAACCUGCAGUACGACAGCUCCAAGAUGACUCUCUCCUCACAGCCCAGCAUCGGCGUCGUGGACAGUCAAGGCUACACUCACAAGAUCUGUGACAGGUGGGAAGCUUGCGACCUCUUCAUGCAUGCGCAUGAUCUUUGA